GCCAAAGGCUCACUCCGUAAACCCACGUUAAGAAGGAAUAUGCGAGGGUAAAAUGAAGAAAGGGAAACAUAAGAUGGAAGCGAGAGGAGGUGGGACUCCGGAGAGCUCUACAGACCUCAGGAACCACCAGCGUCCAGCGGAACCUUACGUCUCCGCCAUCUUAUACCGUAAUUGUCCCCUCCCACCGCCUGAGCUACCGUCGCUGUCAGAACAGCGACAAUUACAGUCGACUCCGGGCACACGAGACCCAGCGCCCCCCUGCGCCGCGACUAGGGCUAGGGACAGGAGGUCAGGAGUCGCCAUGGCUGACGACCGGUAUCGUGUAAAAGUCUACUCACUGAACAAGGACCACCGAUGGGAUUGUCUCGGCACCGGGUACGUCUCUUCCAUUUAUGUGAAGCGCCUCCAGGGAGUGUCCCUGCUCGUUAAGUCGGAUUCCCAGGCCUCAGCAAUCUUGGAGUCAAAGGUAAAUUCAAAGACGCCCUAUCAGAAGCAACAGAAAACCCUGAUUGUUUGGUCUGAAGCAGAGAACCAUGGUAUCGCGUUGAAGUUCCAGGACGCCGAGGGCUGUAGUGAGAUCUGGGAAGACAUUUGCCGGGUUCAAGGAAAAGAUCCAUCCGUCAAAAUAACGCAAGACCUCUUGGAGGAAUCCGAAGACCAACAACUGGAUGAAGUCCUGGAAACCAAUAAUGUGUUUGACCUGCCUAACUGUGAACUCAGUAAACUUGAAGAGAUUUCUGACUUCAUUUCCUCGGUUCUCGCUUCACCAAUCGGUAAGGAGAGACUGGCUCUGAUCUUAGAAAAUGAGGACUAUAUUAAAAAUUUGCUGCAGCUGUUCCACACCUGUGAGGACCUAGGGGACACUGCAGGCUUACACCAUUUGCAUGAAAUUAUUAAAGGCAUCUUAUUCCUUAACAAGGCAACCCUGUUUGAGAUCAUGUUUUCUCCUGAGUGUAUCAUGGAUGUGGUAGGAUGCCUCGAAUAUGACCCUGCUUUGGCUCAGCCAAAAAGGCAUAGGGAAUUCUUGACCCAAAAUGCAAGGUUCAAGGAAGUCGUACCAAUAACAGACUGUGAACUUAGGCAAAAAAUACAUCAGACAUAUAGGGUACAGUACAUCCGUGACAUCCUUUUGCCUGUACCAUCCAUGUAUGAAGAGAACUUUCUUUCUACUCUUACAACUUUUAUUUUCCUCAGCAAGGUUGAGAUAGUCAGCAUGCUGAAAGAUGAUAACAACUUUUUGUCUCAAGUCUUUGCACAGUUAAGGGAUGAGACUAUAAAUGAUGAUAGGCGGCGCGAAUUGCUCUUUUUCUUCAAGGAAUUCUGUGCAUUUUCUCAGACAUUACAGCAUCCAGACAAGGAUGCACUGUUCGAAACAUUGACAGAAUUGGGGAUUCUUCCUGUUCUUAAAAUUGUAAUGAGCAUGGAGGAUUUGCAAAUAAAGUCAGCUGCUACUGAUAUAUUUACUUAUCUAGUGGAGUAUAGUCCAUCCAUGAUUCGAGAAUUUAUCAUGGAAGAAGCCCAGCUGAGUGAAGACGGUAACCUUUUCAUUAAUGUAGUCAUUGAGCAAAUGAUCUGUGAUACUGAUCCUGAGCUAGGAGGUGCUGUUCAUUUAAUGGGACUUCUUCGUAUUCUACUUGAUCCAGAAAACAUGCUAGCAACACCUAAUAAAUGUGAAAGAAGUGAAUUUCUACAUUUCUUCUACAAGCACUGUAUACAUAAUUUCAUAGCACCACUUUUUGCCACCACUUCAGAAGAUAUAUGUGACGGGGAUAAUGUAGCUGGAUCCGACAGAAACAACACAAAUUGCCUCAAUAAUUAUCAAACAGCACAGCUGCUUUCUUUAAUUUUAGAGCUGCUCACAUUUUGUGUGCAACAUCACACAUACUACAUAAAAAACUAUAUUUUGAGCAAAGACUUGCUGAGAAGAGUCUUGAUCUUGAUGAAUUCAAAGCACACUUUCCUGGUCUUGUGUGCUCUCCGCUUUAUGAGAAGGAUGAUUGGACUUAAAGAUGAACUUUAUAAUUGUUACAUCAUCAAGGGAAAUCUUUUUGAGCCAGUUGUCAAUGCUCUCCUGAAUAACGGAACUCGGUACAAUAUGUUGAAUUCAGCUGUUAUUGAGCUGUUUGAAUACAUAAGAGUGGAAAAUAUCAAAUCUCUUGUUGCACAUAUAGUAGAAAAGUUUUAUAAAACACUUGAAUCGAUUGAAUAUGUUCAGACAUUCAAAGGAUUAAAGAUUAAAUAUGAAGAAGAGAAAGACCAGCAGAAUCAUAUACAGAGGAAUUUACACUCUAUACCGUAUAGUAGAAUACUUCACAGGCGUACCAGAGUCGUGGAGAAGGAAGAAAAGUGUUUUAAAGGAAAUUCAGAAGAAGGAGAAGCAAUUAUGCCGCCAUUGGAAAAUGAUUUUCAGGAUCGUUACAAAUUUAUGGAGACUAAAAAAACAAAAGAAAAUGAAGACAAGGUAGAUCCUCCUAAAAGAGCAUCUCGGGGGGGCUACAAAUUUGCUUCAUCCCAUUCUGCUCCUGCUGCUAAUGAAACACAUAGCCUGCACGGUAGCAGCACAGUUGGCUUAAUGAAUCGUCUGGAUGAUGAAAAAGAUAAGGAAGAUGAAACACCCCCCAGGAAGAGACCACGUCUUAGCUUCUAAAAUCUUUAUGAGAGACCCUCAACAUGACUGAAAUCUACAUUACGAAAAUUCUGUAAACAUCAGUUAGCUGAAAAGUCUGAAUCCAAAAGCUUUCUCAUUUGAACUUCUAAGUAUACAAUAAGUAGCAAAGAUGUCAGGGUCAUCACCUAAGACGGUUUAGUUCUGCAAAAACCAAACUUCACAGAAUUAAAAAAAAAGAAAAAGAAAAAAAAAGAACUAAACUAAAAAACUAACCAGAACCUGAAUGAUAAAUUCUUUGCAAGAAAAAAAUCUUAGCUGGGGGGGGGGAGUUGGGGAGGGGAGGAAACAGGUUGAUAAUAUAAGAUGAAUGUAGUUUUGUUCCAGGGCUGUAUUUUAAAAACAGCUAUUAAUACUGCAGUUGCAAAGCCUAUAACAUUACUUGCCUAGUGGUUCUGACUAUGGUUUUCUUUGCCUCAGUUGCCUCUUUUUUUUUUUUUUUUGCCAUAAAAAUUCUUGUUUACGUGGAAAACAAAGUCAACUCUAAUCAAAAAAACAAACUGAAGCUAUUCACAUGUCUGUGAAGAUAUAACACAAAUUCAGCCUCUGGGUAAUUGGAGGGAAGUAACUUGCUGUGUGUAUUUUCAUAAAUAAAAAAGGAA